CUGUGUAUCUGAGUGGACGGACACAGAUUGUAACAGAUCUUUUAUUCGGACUUUUGUUCAUUAUUAAAUCAACCAUGGAACUACAAAUGGACACCAAGUCAGGUUGGGAUUGGACCGGGGUGAGCAAAAGUUCACAUUUAUUGUAAUUGGACCAUGGAAACUAAAAGGAAGCGGGCAGCUGAUGAACCGUGGUAACCCAGCAGAUAACGGAAGAAUGGACGCUUUGAAAAUUGGACCAAACCGGGACUAAAACCACAUGCCCGGGUCUACCCGAGAUAUAUGUCACCCUCCUCCCCGUUCCAGAUGCCUCCGCGGGGCGAUGGGGGCUACAAGCCAGCGCCGGUGUCCCCUGCGCCGCCUGUCCCGCCUAGGAGGGUCCGAAGCCGGGACAGGGGCUCCGGCAGGACGCGGCGGUCCGGGACAGGGGCCGGAGCUGGAGCAGCGGAGAGGCGGGUGAAAUGUGUGCUGGUGGGAGACGGAGCUGUGGGGAAAACCAGCCUGGUGGUCAGCUACACCACCAAUGGGUACCCCACUGAGUACGUUCCCACCGCAUUUGACAACUUCUCAGCGGUGGUAUCGGUGGAUGGCCAGCCAGUGAAACUACAACUUUGUGACACAGCUGGACAGGAUGAGUUUGACAAGCUGCGUCCUCUGUGCUACACCAGUGCAGACGUGUUCCUGCUUUGUUUCAGUGUUGUCAGUCCUGCAUCCUUCCAGAACGUUCCUGAGAAGUGGAUCCCAGAGAUCAGAGGACAUGCCCCGUUUGCUCCGCUCGUCCUUGUUGGGACUCAGUGUGACCUUCGAGAGGAUGUCAAGGUUCUCAUCGACCUGGCUAAGUACCGGGAACGUCCUGUGGACCCAGCAGAGGCUAAAGACUGUGCGCUGGAGAUUGGAGCUGUGGCCUACAUGGAAUGCUCUUCCCUGACCCAGAAAAAUUUGAAAGAAGUGUUUGACACGGCCAUACUGGCCAGUCUGCAGAACUGCAGCUCCCAUAAGCACCCAAGAGGAAAACAGAAAAGACGGAAAAAGAAAAGGCAGACUGCGGACAAGAUGAAGAGUCUGUCAAAGCCAUGGUGGAAGAGGUACUGCUGUGUGGCCUAGGGCAGACCUUUCAGGUUACUUUGUCCUGCUCUGGAUUGGGAUGGAUUCUGGUUCUGCCUGAACUCACGCUCAGUUUGUGUUUUUCUCUUGUGGAGCCUCAUGAACCAUUGGACUGCUGUUUAGAACUAAAGCAAGACUGUUACGGAUUUUAAAUAUUUUUAUUUUUCUAAUGGUGGAGGGCUUCUUGUCUUAUCAUGGAUAAGAUGAACUUCUCAGACAAGCCUGCUUCUAGCAUGCCCUGAAAAUAUUGCAGUGAUGCAGAUGUUAUCCAGGUUUGAAAGACCCCCUCUUUGAAGGAGGCAGAACUUUCCAUAAACUGGCAGGAGACCCUCUAAAUGUCACGUAGACCGUCCAGAUUUAAACAAGAACAGAAGUAUAGAUUUUCUCUCCUCUGCCUGACACACAAAUGGAAUAAUGUUUAGUCUGGUGAUCUGGUGACACCCUGUUCCAACCUCGUAUGGAUUUAUGUGGUCUAUUAUGUAACUCGGAGGGGGCCUGACUCUCUGCAGACUGUGCGUGACCUGUAGGAGUCCAACUUGUUUUAAACGUUGGUCGGAUUUCUAACACUCAAGAUAAGAAAGAACUGGAAGCUGAAACAGAGUGUCUUUCAGACCAAACUUUGUCCUCAUACCAAGAAGAACUUUUGUUGGAUUUUCUGAGCCGUCGGCGAUCACAAAAUAUGAUUUCAGCAAAUUAGUCAACAAAUCCUGCUCAUUUUUGAUUUUAGAACCUUUAUAACUUCAAUGAUUGUUUUUCUAACCAAAUAACGGAUCACGUUCAUAUCCAGGUUGAAUAAGUGACAGUGAGUAAGUUUGAUAAGGCUGAGACUUCAGGGUAAGUGGACAUAAGCAGCAUGAUGUAGCCCAUUGGUUUAUGGAAUAAGACAGCUAAAGAAAGCCAAGAGAGAGUGGGAGAUGACAUGUAUCAAGUGGACACUCGAAGAACUGCAGUUUUUUUUGCACUUCCGCAUUGGCUUCACUUUUCAACACCAGAGGUUUCCACCUAUUAGCAAGAUGCUAUCUGUAACCGAAGUCAACAUGUUAUACAUUUUGAAUCCAAUCCAGAAAAGAAACAGGCUUUAAACAUAUUGUUCAUAUCAGAAAAAAAAACUUAAAAAAAAAAACUGAAUGCUUAAUAAGAUAUUUUAUUCAGGUCGCCAUUAUAGCCAGUUCUUAAUAUGGGUAGUCCUGCCCAAGAGAAUAGCCAACUUUACUCUUGAGUUUACUCAGAAUAGGGCCAUCAUUUACAAUGAACAUCAAGCUGAAUUGAAGAAAAUAAGAAACUAGUGUUGAGACCGUCAACUCAAUAGGAAAAAAUCACGUCAGCGAUAAAUCCAGUGAGACAUCUAUAGAGGAUUCUUCCUUUUGUAACCAGGGAAGUCGCCCUCCGCAGGUUUUUUGAAUGAAUUAGCUUUUUCUUCACUUUUCAAAUUUGGAGGAAAUGUCAAAUUAUUUUUUAUACAGCGUUCUGUACAUUAUUAUUUUUUUUAAUCCUUGUAGACGACACCUCUUACAAAAGUGAUAAAUUAAGAAUACUGAACACAGAUAUCAGUACUACAAAAAGAGUUGGAACAAUUAAACACACAAAGACCAUCUGAGAUUGCAGAUGAUAAAACCUCAAACAUUGUUCUGCCCUAAGCAAUGUAAUUAACUGUAUGUUAAUGCCAGUUUCAUCCUCCUCAUUUAUCAUACUUUACAACACAGGGUUUAUUGCACAGCAUUUCCAUGCAAUGUUAUUGAAGGAGUUACUGGUUUGCAUCAUAUAAAUAUUUAGUGAAAUGAA